GAUGGGAGGCUGUCAACAACAGCUUUGGAGAGGAGAAGAGUGCAAUUUGCUCGUAUUACUUAUGUUUAUAUUAGACACAUUGUAGCGUUUCAAGCGUAAAUAUUUUCUUUUUGGCGGACUAUUAAGAUGUAUUAUCAUAUCUUUCCAACAAGAAUGUAUUUGCACUGAAAUUAUGGAAAUCGGCUAAGUCGUAAUUACUGAGGCAGGCUGUGGGGCGCAGGAACACCAUCCCGCCUGUUAAGGUCCCAACACCGACACGUUUUCCAGUUUUUGGGACUCGCGGAGGCCUUUGACGUUCUUUCGAGAUGGAUCUGUUUGGAGCGAACGGCUCAGAGAGUGCUAACCUUCCAAGGAACAUGAUCGAGAACAGCAUGUUUGAAGAAGAGCCUGAUGUGGUGGAUUUGGCCAAGGACACCACUGAGUUUCCUACCUUUCCUGCUCUUGACCCGGACGAGAUCACGUAUGAGCCCCGCAGCUCCCGCUUACUGGUGCGAGGUCUGGGGGAAAACGACAUGGAUGAGGAUGAGGAGGACUGUGAGUCCUCAGCUCGCCUCCUCGGCAUGUCCUUCAUGAACCGGAGCUCUUCCCACAGACCCAGCUCCUCUCCUUACACUCGACAGUCUCCUUCGAGGUCAUGUUCUCGACCUACAGCCCGAACCAUGGUUGCAUGUGUGUUGUUCCUGGUUAUUGUAGCUUCUAUGACAAUGGUACUGUACUUUCUGCCUGGCUGCACCUUUACCAAGGAAGGUUGUCCUAAGCGAAAUAAGACAACUCCUCUGGAGCCGGUCUACCCUUUGUCCACUAACGGGGAACUGUUUCCAUGGACGCAGCUCCGCCUACCUCAGAGCGUACAUCCUCUCAGCUACGAGCUCAUUUUGACCCCUGACCUUGACAACAUGACCUUUGCUGGCAUAGCUGUUAUAAACAUGUCUGUACUGCACAACACAAACCGCAUCGUCCUGCAUGGGUUAAAUCUAAACAUCAGCAACGCUACUUUUAAGAUUGAUGACGGACCGGCCAGUAAUGUUACAGUACUGCAGUAUAAGGCUAAUCAGCAGAUUGCUGUAAAGUUCACAGAAGACUUGAAAGCAGGCCAGUACUGUGUUUUGACCCUGACUUACUCCGCCAACCUCUCAAGCACAUAUGAUGGUUUCUACAGCAGCUCCUAUACUGAUAAAAGUGGAACAAAACACAUUCUGGCAGCAACCCAGUUUGAGCCACUGUCGGCCCGGAAGGCCUUCCCUUGUUUUGAUGAACCCGCUUUCAAAGCCACUUUUCUGAUCAAAAUCAACAGAAAACAAAACUACACAACUCUUUCCAACAUGCCUCAGAGCGAAAGCAGACUUCUUCCCAGUGGCCUUUUUCAGGAUGAGUUUGAAAGGACCAGUGUCAACAUGAGCACAUACCUGGUGGCCUUCGUUGUCGCCAACUUCUCAGCCGUCCGCAAAAAUGUUUCAGAAACCUUGGUGUCUGUGUACUCUGUGCCAGAGAAGACAGAGCACACCAGGUAUGCUCUGGAAGCAGCCUCCAAACUGCUGGAGUUUUACAACACUUUCUUUGAUAUUGAUUAUCCGCUCAAGAAGCUCGAUUUGGUUGCCAUUCCCGACUUCCUGGCUGGAGCAAUGGAGAACUGGGGGCUCAUUACGUUCCGGGAGACCACCUUACUGGUGGGCAAAGAUUCCUCCCCUCUGGAAAAACAAGUAGUUGCCUCUGUCGUAGCGCAUGAGCUCGCACACCAGUGGUUUGGAAAUCUGGUGACCAUGAGGUGGUGGAACGACCUGUGGCUCAACGAAGGCUUCGCUACGUACAUGCAAUAUUUGUCACUGCAGAGAGUGUUUCCUGAGCUCCAAGCUGAAAUCUUAUUUCUGUCGGUAAGAUUCAGAGUCAUGGACAAAGAUGCUCUGAUCUCCUCCCACCCGGUGUCAACUGCAGUUGUCACACCAGAUCAAGUGGAAGAGAUGUUUGAUUCAGUUUCCUACGAAAAGGGGGCUUCUAUUCUCCUGAUGCUCAACGCUUACCUCCCGGGGGAGCAGCAGUUCAGAAAGGGAAUCAUUCAGUAUCUUAAACAGUUCAGCGGGUCGAACACUGAGACCAAUAACCUCUGGGACAGCCUCACUCAGGUCUCAACUCCACACCAGAAUGUGUCAGAAAUGAUGAGCUCCUGGACGUCACAGAAAGGCUUUCCGUUAGUCAGUGUGAGCCGCAAGGGGGACGAGGUGACCCUCACACAGGAGCACUUCCUCCUCACACCUGCCAACGCCUCGCACACCUCCAGCUUGUGGGAAAUCCCGGUGACGUACGUCAAUGACAGCUGCAGCGUGGGUCCGGAGUGCCGGCAGAAUUUCCUUCUGAAGGCCAAGUCAGGUACUUUUAAGGUGCCAGAAAGUGUGAAGUGGCUGAAGCUGAACUAUCAAAACACAGGAUACUACAUAGUUGACUAUGGAGAUGACGGCUGGACUGCUCUCAUCAACGCUUUGUCUACAAAUAUCAGCAUCCUAACAUUUGAGGACCGUGCCUCGCUCAUACACAACAUUUUUGCUCUCUCCAGACAGGGACGUGUGUCCUUUCGCCGAGUCCUCAGCCUGUUGAACUACACAUACAAAGAAACAGAGACAGCUCCUGUGACAGAGGCUCUGCUCCAGCUCAAUAACAUCUACAGGCUGCUGGAAAAAAGACAGGAGUUUGAUCUUAUGUCUUGCAUGAAGACGUACAUUUUGGAUCACUUUGGUGCUUUGAUGGACAACCAAACUUGGGGUGAAGAGGAGAAUUUGUCCAAACAGGAGCUGCGCUCUGCCCUCUUAAGUAUGGCGUGCGGUCUGGAAAAAGAAAACUGCACUCAGUCAGCCAAUGACAUGUUCAAACAAUAUGUGUCAAACCAGACGCGGCGGAUUCCGGGAGAUCUGCAGCAAGUUGUCUUCUCGGUGGCUGCACAGUCACGUGCAGACUGGUUGAUUUUGUACGACAUUUACAAACAGUCCACCGUUGAUGCAGAGAAGCGGAACAUGCUACUCGGUCUGGCAUCCACUCAGGACACACAGCUUUUAGCAAAGAUACUUAAUGAAGGUCUGAAAGGGGACGUCAUCCAAACCCAGGAGCUGCCUUUGAUCAUCAACACUGUUUCUAGAGGCUUUGCAGGUUAUCUGUUUGCAUGGGAUUUUGUCCAAGUCAACUGGGACCGCCUCAUAGAAAAAUUCCUCGUGGGCUCCUUUGCCAUUCAGACAAUCAUCAAAUCUGUAACUUCACAAUUCUCCACGCAAGCUCAUCUCGAUCAAGUGAAGGCCUUCUUCUCCAGUCUGCAGGAGCGUGGCUCUCAGAUGAGGAGCGUGCAGGAAGCUUUAGAAACAAUCAGACUGAACCAACUCUGGAUGGAGAGGAACCUGUCCACGCUACGAGAGUUGCUUACAAAAAUCCAAUCUCAACCUCAGAAACAAGAGCCUGGGGUGUCUCAUUAAGAUGGUGAAACAUUUGCACUAUUGUAGGGUUGACUCAGAACUCCCAGCCUCCAGAUUAGAGUGGUAAUCAGUGGCAAUAUCUUGGUGGACUGGGUGCUGGAUUUGUUUUUUGAGGCUACUCCUAUUAGUUGUACUCGAUCGCUCAGGGUGGCUCUGGCUGUGUGUCUGACAGUGGGUCGUCGGGCUAAACACACACUCCUCAUGUUUUAUGCUGUCGACCAAAACUCUGGCAGUAUUCAUCUAAAGUUCACGCCAGAGCAGACAAUCAUGCUGCAAAUAGAUUGUUUUAUUCCAGCUGGAUCUCAGGCACUCUGCCACUCCAAAAUGCAGUGUCUGCAAACGUCAAUAUUCUUCAAGUUCCAUGCAAAGAUGCAGCUGUCAGGGUUUCCUCAACAGCGACAAACUGAAAACGCGAAAGUGCUUAAAACACUCCUGCAAGCUGAUGCAUUUGCUCAUCAUGGUUGGGCUUGACUAUUCACUGGCAUAAAAUACCAAACUUGAGUUGACAUCAAUUGAAUGUACUAAUAAACCUUCCCACUGUGCACCGUAGUGGAUGUACCGACAACCAGUGCAGGUUAAAUCAACAACCAUUGUGUCUUAGAGCGGAGGCAACGCACACUGGAACCAAAUGGCCAUUUCUUGUUUUCUUGUUUUUUUUGUUUCUUUCUUCCAGCCAUUAAAACACAUUUUUAUCUCUGAUCAACAUGUUUUGUUUUAUUUUUACCAGCUGUGGAGAAAGACUUUCAACUCCAUACGCUUGUAAAUUGUAAUUAUAAUGUAAAUAUUGGUAACUUUAAAUACAACCUGCUUUUGGAUUUGUUGUUUUAAACAUUGUGAAGUAUUUGAAGGUUUUGUUUUCUGUUGUGUUGAUAGAUUCUUGAGGAACUGAUGAUGAUUCAGGAGCUUUCGUUUUGGGUUUAAAGAUAGCAAAAUGGGUCUAUCUUGAUGAAUGUUGCAUUAUAAGGGCUAGUGUCCAAAGUAAGGGAUCUGCAUUGAAAAUCUCUCCAGAAAUUUGUUGCUCAUCAGCCAAAAGAUGCACAAGUUACUCCAGUAUUUGCCACACUUUUGUCACUCCUCAGAAUGUCUUUCUUUUCCACGUUUGGCAAGGACAGGUGUACAUUUGAGGUGGUAUUCUUGCGGUUAAAUUCCUUGUUGAGUUCAUUCAGCUUUUAGGUCCCACGAUGCAUUUGUCAAUCAGAAUAUGUGUGUUUAAAGCAAGUGCCGUUGAAUGUUACAGACCGCUCUGAAGCUUCUUUUGAUUGCACCGUUAGCUCAUUCAGUUCUGAUGGGUAUGUUUGUGACUGCCAAUGAUUGGUGACAUGGGAGUUUGUUUACAACCAAACAAACACGUGUGGGAUCAGCUUCAGGGGAAAUUAAAUUAGUCUCAUGCUUAUUUGUUUAUAGAGUGUUUAUAGAGAAGUUUCAGUGAGAAUGUAGACUUGCCAAACCCUCAAAGCCCAUGUGUUUUGUCCACCUUCAUACAUUUCUUCUGUUUCCAAGUUGUAUUGUGACAAAUGUGGUGGGGAAUCAAGUAUAUGUUGAGUCCAUUAUGUUGGUACUUUUUUUUUCUUUUGCACUGGAAAAACUGGCACAGGAUAGUUUUGGUUCGGCUCUUCAUGUGAGCAAAACACACAUAAGCUAACUUUUGAAUCCAAGUCGCAUAAUUCUUAUGGUUCCCUGAGGUUCUUUUGUUGGUCAUCUGUUUCUAUGCUUUAAUUCUGUUUGUUUACUGAAACAAUGCUGAAGUUGCGUUCAGUGACUACACUCCAAAUAAAGCUCAGCUUCAACCACUCUCCUCACUA